CUAAGGCAUCGCUCGUGGUCCCUUCCCCACCCGAGAGGAAGGGAGGAGGAGGCGGUUGCCAAGGCUACGCCUGUCGAAGGAGGAGAAGGGGAAGGUGGGAGGAGGAGGAUGGGCGGCCCUGGGCUAGCUGCAGGGAGGUGACUGAGGCGAGCCCAACCCCUUGCAUCCACCCCCCUUGUACCUCCCUCCGGGUUCUGCUUCCUUCUGCCAGCAGAAGCGGCAGCGGCGGCGGCAGCAGCACCUGAGGCUGCCCUCUCUCCUGGCAGCGUGAUGGCUAGAGCUGGGAGCAGCCUUCAUCCUUCUGUCAGAAUCUGGGAGAGAUCUGAGAGGCCUCCUGCUGUAUUCCUACUGCUGCUGCUGCUGCUCUGGGCUGGAGCUGCCUUCCAGGUGGCUCAGGGAACCGAGCUUCACGCCUGCAAAGAGUCUGAGUAUCACUACGAGUACACUGCGUGUGACAGCCUAGGCUCCAGAUGGAGGGUUGCCGUGCCCCACACACCUGGACUGUGCACCAGCCUCCCCGAUCCAGUCAAGGGCACCGAAUGCUCCUUUUCUUGCAAUGCUGGGGAAUUCCUGGACAUGAAGGAUCAGUCAUGUAAGCCAUGUGCCAAAGGCCGAUAUUCUCUGGGCACAGGCAUACGAUUCGAUGAGUGGGAUGAAUUACCACAUGGAUUUGCCACCCUAGCAACCAACAUGGAGAUUGAUGAAGACUUCACUGAAUCAUCUGAGAACUGUACCUCGUCGACCUGGGUUCCCUUGGGUGACUACAUCGCCUCCAACACAGAUGAAUGCACGGCCACACUGAUAUAUGCUGUCAAUCUAAAGCAGUCAGGCACUGUUUCAUUUGAGUAUUUAUACCCGGACACUGGAAUCAUCUUUGAAUUUUUUGUUCAGAAUGAUCAGUGUCAACCUAACAUAGAAGACUCUAGGUGGAUGAAAACCACAGAAAAGGGGUGGCAAUUCCAUAGUGUGGAUUUAAAUCGUGGCAACAAUGUUCUGUAUUGGAGAACCACAGCCUUCUCGGUCUGGUCCAAAAUUCCUAAGCCGGUGCUGGUGAGGAAUAUCGCCAUUACAGGGGUUGCCUACACCUCAGAAUGCUUUCCCUGCAAACCUGGUACCUAUGCUGCCAAGGAAGGCCUCUCUGCUUGCAAGCUCUGCCCAGCAAACUCUUACUCGAAUAAGGGGGAAACUUCCUGCCACAAGUGUGACCCAGACAAAUACUCAGAACAAGGAUCCUCUUCUUGUAAGCUGCGUCCAGCUUGCACUGACAAAGAUUAUUUCUACACACACACAGCCUGUGAUGCCAAUGGAGAGACACAGCUCAUGUACAAAUGGGCAGAACCCAAAAUUUGCAGUGAGGAUCUUGCGGGAGCAGUGAAACUUCCAGCCUCUGGAAUGAAAACCCUUUGCCCACCCUGUAACCCAGGUUUCUUUAAAACCAACACCAGCACCUGCGAACCUUGUCCCUAUGGCUCUUUCUCCAAUGGCUCAGGCUGUAUCAACUGCCCAGCUGGGACUGAACCAGCCCUGGGAUUUGAAUACAAAUGGUGGAACACAUUACCCACAAAUAUGGAAACUACUGUUCUUAGUGGAAUCAAUUUUGAGUACAAGGGCAUGGCUGGCUGGGAGGUAGCUGGUGACCAUAUUUAUACAGCUGCUGGAGCUUCAGAUAAUGAUUUCAUGAUCCUUACGCUGGUUGUACCAGGAUUCAGCCCUCCACAUUCAGUGAUGGCAGACACAGAAAAUAAAGAAGUGGCCAGAAUUACUUUUGUCUUUGAGACUGUGUGUUCCGUGAACUGCGAGCUUUAUUUCAUGGUGGGAAUGAAUUCCAGGACCAACACUCCAGUGGAAACAUGGAAGGGCCCCAAGGGCAAACAGUCCUAUACAUACAUCAUUGAGAAGAACUCCAGCAUGAGCUUCACCUGGGCCUUCCAGAGGACCACCUUCCAUGAAACAGGUCGGAAGUACACCAAUGAUGUUGCCAAACUCUACUCCAUCAAUGUCACCAAUGUCAUGGAUGGCGUGGCCUCCUACUGCCGCAUCUGUGCCCUGGAGUCCUCUGACUCUGGCUCCUCCUGCACUUCUUGUCCUGCUGGCCACUACAUCAAUCGAAACUCUGGGGCCUGCUACCCCUGUCCAGCUAACACAUUCCUGAGGGCACACCAGCCCUAUGGUAUCCAGGCCUGUGUACCCUGCGGUCCAGGGACCCAGAGUAAUAAGAUCCAUUCACUCUGUUUCAACGACUGUACCUUCUCCAUCAUCAAUACAGCCAGAAUUUUCAACUAUGAUUUCUUCGCCUUGGCAAAUCCUCUCUCUUUGUCUGGGGGACCAAGCUUUACUUCCAAAGGGCUCAAGUAUUUUCACCACUUUACCCUCAGCCUCUGUGGACACCAGGGUAAGAAAAUGGCUUCAUGUACAGAUAAUGUCACUGACAUCCGGAUCCCUGAGGGGGAUUCAGGCUUCUCUAAAUCCAUCACAUCCUAUGCCUGUCAGUCAGUCAUCAUCCCCCCUGAGGUGACAGGCUAUAAGGCUGGAGUCUCCUCACAGCCCGUCAGCCUUGCUGAUCGACUUGUAGGGGUGACAACAAAUAUGAACCUAGAUGGAAUCAUCUCCCCAGCUGACCUUUUUCCCUCUGAAACUCUAAGGUUACCUGAUGUGAUCUUCUUUUACAGGUCUAAUGAAGUGACUCAAUCCUGUACUUCUGGGAGGUCAACCACAGUCCGAGUCAGAUGCAAUCCACUGAAACCUGCCCCUGGAAGUCUCUCGCUGCCAGUGAAAUGCUCUGAUGGCACUUGUGAUGGCUGCACCUUCCACUUCCUAUUGGAGAGCAUGGCUGCUUGCCCCCUUUGUUCCAGCUUUGACUACCAUGCCAUCAUCAGUAGCUGUGUAGCCGGAAUCCAGAGAACCACUUAUGUAUGGCGAGAACCGAAGCUGUGCACAGGAGGCAUCUCCCUGCCUGACCAGAGUGUUACCAUCUGCAAAACGAUGGAUUUUUGGCUCAAAGUGGGCAUCUCUGCAGGCACCUGUGCUGCCAUUCUUCUCACUGUCAUGACCUGUUACUUCUGGAAAAAGAACCAAAAGCUGGAGUACAAAUAUUCCAAGUUGGUAAUGAAUGCCACCCUUAAGGACUGUGAUCUGCCUGCUGCUGACAGCUGUGCCAUCAUGGAAGGCGAGGAUGUAGAGGAUGAUCUCAUUUUCACCAGCAAAAAGUCACUCUUUGGGAAAAUCAGGUCAUUCACGUCUAAGAGGACACCAGAUGGAUUUGACUCUGUGCCAUUGAAGACAUCCUCAGGAGACAUGGACAUGUGAGGGGCCCAGACAUGCCUCCUCCUGCUUCUUCACCUAGGCAGAUUGUUUUGGGAGCCGGUUGUGACUUGGCCGCCCGGCUCUCUCCCAUACCUACAACUGGAAGAUUCUUCAUGUGGCCUUAUCAUUAAAAAGUUUAAAUAUCAGAUUUUUUUUAUACACACACCCAAACCUCCCACCCUGCUUACCCCAAACCUGCCAUACAUACCUAUGAUUUGUCAAUAUGAUGGUUCCUUUGCUUGCACUGUCAAUCAAAACGAUCCAAACUGUGACUUCAUCAGCCAAUGGUUCUAAUUGUUCCAAAAUGAAAAAAAAAAUGUUCUCUCUUGCUAAGUAUGGAGCUGACUUUCUUCUGGCUCUUUAUCCAAAGGCACAAACUCUCCUUGUAUUCCCUCAUUUUCCCUUUUAGGGAACCAAGUGCCAAGUCAGCUGAGUUCUCUUAAGCUCCUUUUCUACUGACGUUUUGAGUAAGCAGACUUCCUUUCCUCUGGACAUCUCAUUGAACCUGAAGUGGAGAGGAAACAUGUGGAAAGUUUAAAAGGGAGGAACUUUCUUAUUAAGCACAAAAGGAGCCAGGGGUUUUUGUUUCAAGGAUUUUCUCCUCUUUAGCAGGUAUUUCCCUUUUUAUCACAGAGAUGUUCUCACUGGAGCCAAAUGAGAAAGUUAAUAAAGAAAUUCGUUAAAGAAUCUGGUCAAAUAUUUUCCCUACACUGAAGGUUCCAUCUCCAUAGUCCCCUGCCAUCUCCCACUGGCCCCCCCAAAAGACACAGAUAAGCCCUAAACUCCAUUUUUCUAGCUCUGUCCUUUUUUUUUUAAUUCUAUAACUCAUUGAACCUCUAAGAAGAGAUCCUGGAGAAACCAGAGGAAGGGUCAAAAUUAUAUUCCUUGCACCACUGGGAACUCUCCCUUGACUCUGCUGUUUGAGAUGACAUUGAUGGUCCCUUGACCAAUGACCCAUUUGUCCACUUUUUCUGUCUGCACUAUUUAUCUAAUAGUCAGUUGAAAUCUAAUUUGUUUGGAAAGAGUGGGUUAUCAUUGGGAAGUUGUGUGUCUAUCCUCCACAAUGACUGUAAGCUGGAGCUGACCUAGAAAUUGUUUCUUUAAAGCCCCACUGUCACUCUAGAUGACCCUCAAUGGAAGGGUCAGGUUUUCCAGUGGAUACUAGUUCUCUAGUUCUUGUUGAUAUUUCCUCCUUUGGGAUCUGUGAUUCUGCUGGAAACAUCUCCCAGGAAAUGCAAACAUUUGAUUCUCUGCAAUCUUAGCCCUCUCUGUUUGGUAGGUAACAGUAAUCACAGCAUCCAGCCACUGUCCUUCCUCUCAUGGUAUUUUACCCUCCUGCCUCCAAGGACAUGGAAAGAGCUCCUAGACCACUCUCAAAAACAAGUGAGAAUGAUCAUACCCCUUAAAUCCAGUCAAAGUCUGGACCCCCUUAGAACAAUCUUGAACUCUAGUGAUUUGGUUAAAACAUUUCAAAGAUCUCCUUUCUAUUCCUCAGGGUAGCCAUCUUUCUAUUACUCCUUGAGCUCUUUAGAGAUCUUGGACAGAUGCAUUAAUGUUUUAGAUUUGAUUUCUGAGAAAACCUUUUUUUACCAAGGAUUGUUGUGUCUUGAGCAAACUCUCUGGGGGAAAUUGACUUGAAAAAUCUCAUUGGGAUGCCCAAAGACUUGGGAUACAGCAAUUAAUCAUCAUGUAGGUAACUCCCACAUUUGGCAGGGAACACAAAAAUUAUGAUGUAUUCAAGGACCAAGGGAUUUCUUAUGCCAACUAAUACAAUUUUUUGUUGACUUUUUUUUUGGUGUGACUGUACAUUAAAGAUAACUGACUAUAUUUAUACAACAGAGACUUUGUAAUGCAUUUUCCAGCUUUGUGAAACCAAAAUUCUGUCUUGUUAACAAUGGGUUGGAUUUCCUUUUUACACUGUUUUCCAAGAAUUUGUAGUUUGUUAGGGGAAGGGUAUUGCAUGUAAUGUGUGUGAAAUAAAAAUGUACCUUUUGGA